AUUUCCCUUUUUCUUUUAGGGUCCAGUGUGCUUUGAAGAUGUCGCUGUUCGUUUCACAGCCGAGGAGUGGGCGUUGCUGGAUCCUGACCAGAGAGCUCUGCAUAAGGACGUCAUGGAGGAGAAUCGUGGGAUCGUGGCCUCUCUUGAUUGUGAUGAAUCGGAAAUUGAGAACAAAGGUGACCAUGAUAAAAUCCCCAGGGAGGAGAAGCCACGUAACAAUUUGGAGUGUGGAGAAAGCUGCAGUCAGAGCUCCCAUUCCACUUCCCAUCAACAAAAUAUCAUUGGAAAGAAAGUCUAUCAGUGCAUGGAAUGUGGAAAGAGCUUCAGGAAGAGCUCCAUUCUCACUUCCCAUCAAACAAUUCAUACAGGGGAGAAACCCUAUCAGUGUGUGGAAUGUGGAAAGAGCUUCACUGAUAGCUCCUCUCUCACUUCCCAUCACAGAAUUCAUACAGGGGAGAAACCCUAUCAGUGUGUGGAAUGUGGAAAGAGCUUCACUGAAAGCUCCAAACUCACUUCCCAUCAAAGAAUUCAUACAGGGGAGAAACCCUAUCAGUGUGUGGAAUGUAGAAAGAGCUUCAGGAAGAGCUCCGAUCUCACUUCCCAUCAAAGAAUUCAUACAGGGGAGAAACCCUAUCAGUGUGUGGAAUGUGGAAAGAGCUUCACUCAUGGCUCCAACCUCACUUCCCAUCAAAGAAUUCAUACAGGGGAGAAACCCUAUCAGUGUGUGGAAUGUGGAAAGAGCUUCAGUCAGAGCUCCCACCUCACUUCCCAUCAAAGAAUUCAUACAGGGGAGAAACCUUAUCAGUGUGUGGAAUGUGGAAAGAGCUUCACUGUUAGCUCUCAACUCACUUCCCAUCAAAGAAUCCAUACAAAGGUCAGAAAAACCAGUAUACAGCUUUAGGAGUCAGGCAAAUCCACAGCUUUUUAACCAGGUCUUUUUCUUAUUGACAUCUAAUGCUAUUUUAAC